GAAAAAACCAGGGUCAUCGCGAAAUUUUAUCUAGUCCCCUAUUUCACACUCUCCAUUCGCAUUUUAUUUCACUCUUCACGGUUUCGUCUUACAGCAUUCCCAUCCAGAAUGAAGCCAAUGCUCAUUUACUCUACUAUAGCAUUUGUCCAGUGCAUCCGGGCUGCUGUUCCAGAAGAGCCGCAUUCACUGGUUCAGCCAGACAUAUCCCCGCGGCUGGCACGUCACCUGGCAGUGGUAGGGCUCUUGGAUAGAGUGCGCGGAGGAUUGGGUUUUGCACCAGAAGCCAAGAGAGAUCUCGACACGUAUACCCCCAUCUAUUAUUCUACGUAUGAUCCGAUCUCUAAUACAAAUACUCCCACUUAUGAUACCACCCCAACAGCGUAUACGCCUCCAGAUACGCAGGCCUAUGCAUCUUCCUUUGACAAGUUUUCGUUUUCCUACAAUGUUCCAACGUACAGUACGGUCAGCGGUUUGAGGAACAAAUCCAGCAUUAUUACAACCCCGCUGAAUUUCUACUCUGAAACUUGGGCUCCGGUUUAUCCUUCUAGCUAUAAUAGUCCGUCGUUGGAAUCUACUAGUUCCCUGACCUUGAGUUCGUCCAGCUGGUCUGUAACAUCGCGCUCUAGCUCCUUGUCUACCAUUUUGCCAUCCUCGCUCUCAUCUGAAUCUUUGUCAGAAUUCUCGUCAAUUUCAAGCCCGUCUUCUUCGUUCACGACUUCUUCGUUCACUUCUUCGUUCACGACUUCAAGCUUUUUGUCAUCCGACGAGACCACUUUAUCCUCGCUGAGCGAGGAAACAAUCUUAUCCACUACCUCUGAAAGCUCCAUGGUAUUGUCACUAACUGAAACUCCUGUAACCACCGCUACGAAAGAUGGAAGUACAGUCAUCAUCUACCGUUCCACUACCAUAACUGUACAACCCCAUCAUUCAUCCACAGCUUCCAGUAUGACAGUUAGCACCUCACCUCUGGCCUCGGCUGUGAUAGAUGGCACAAAUGGUAAGGGCGGGGGCGGAAGUGGAGCUAGUCUGAGCGGAAUAUCAAGUAAGAACAAGGUAGUGGUUGGUGUGGUUGUAGGUGUCGGUGGAAGUUUGCUUUUUGGUGUAUUGGCGUUAACAUACUUUGUUAAACGGAAAAAUAAGGGCAAUGCAGGUUAUUACGAGAAUCCAGGUGUUCAGUUUUGAAAUGGUUUUGCCUAUAUUUACCUACAUUUUGGUUAUUCAUUUUCCCCUGGGUAUUUUUAUUGCAUACCUGAUCUGCUUGUCUGGCUGUUAAAUCUUUCACAUCCUAUCUAUGGCAUUUCAGUGAUAUCCCCAAUCAAGCUAGUCCUCUAUUUUCUUUCCUAAAUUUGUCAAAUAUAUUGUGUUUCGUAUCCUAGCUAUGUCCUCUAAGUUCUGUACCGAAAAUAUGGCUGGGUGCUGUCUGCCUGUUGACUUUUGCUUCGGAUUCUAGAUCAGUUAGCGUAACUUCGAAG